AUGAGUUCUAAAAGGAAGCUUGUUGACCGGGAGAUGUUUAUGCAAGCAAAGAAGCCAGUGUACGUACUUAGUGACUUCUACGAGAACAUCUCAUCAGAUGAAGAAGAAACCUGGGACAAAACGAACACUGCUGAAGAUGACCUCGAGCAUCUCUCCAUUAGUUCUUGCGAGUUCGCGGAGCUGAGUAGUGUGGACGAGGCGUUCGUCGAAGAAAUAUUAGGUGAAGGCAACAUUGAUGAGCAGCAAGUGCAUAAUGAAGAAGACGGGGACAAACGAGUGCGUAACGAAACUGAUGUGAUUAGCGACAGUCCUAGCGACGAUUACAGUGACUUAAGUGAUGAAAGUAAAAAGACAUGA